GGCUAUCUAAGUAAGUCAACAUGGCACACUGCGCGGAGGACAGGAAAAGACUUCGCAAUUUUUACAUCAGCCAUCUCGACGCCGAAGACGUCCCGGGGGUCCAGUGGAUAGACCGGACCACCGGAUUGUUCCGGAUUGUGUGGAGGCACGCCGGAAGGGACGGAUUCGAUCCGGAAAGGGACGGGCUUAUUUUCAAGCUCUGGGCCCAGCAGACAGGUCGGUGGAAGGAGGGAGACCCAGAGGACCCCACGGCAUGGAAGACGCGCAUGCGCAACGCUCUGCGCAGACUGGCAGAUUUUGAGGAACAGACCGACCUGGGGAAACCAGACGACCCGCAGGAGGCCUUCCGGGUCUAUCGGCUCGUGCCGCCACCAAACCACCCUCCGCAGCCGUCCAUCAUGCCCGAGCCAUGCAUGCUGCCUGAUGACGCCAUGAUGCCUGAUUUGGGCGAUACCAAGUCCAUGAACUGUUUGCCGGUCGAGGAAGUGUUGGACUAUUUCGACGGGUUGGACGCCGAUAUGGUUUCACCUGCGCCUCCAGAUGACUCCACUCAGGGCGCAUGCGCACCCCCACAGCCAAUGGCAGCAAACGUGGCACCGCAUCCAAACGUCGAUCAGACAGCUAACGGCUCCACAGCGACCGCAGCCGAACCGUCGCGAGGACCGUUUCCAAACUUACCAGAUGGUGACGUGACUGUUAAUGUGAAGUACCGGGGCAGACAGGUGUGGGAGGAGAACUGCAGUAACCCCAGAGGUGUGCGGAUCUACCACGGCUCGCCUAUCAAGGAGUUAGUCGGUCGCCAGAUGAUCCAAGGAGACCACCAGAAGUUGUACGGACCAGACGAGGCGACCCAUGUCCUCCUGCCGCCGUGUGAAGGCCACGUGCACUCCUCGAAGCAACUGGCCGUGACCAGCGAACUCCUGAAGCACGCGGAGAGAGGCGUCGUCCUGCAGUUUUCUAACGGUGACAUCUGGGCCACCCGGCUGUGCCAGACCAAAGUCUUCUGGCUCGAUCCCAACAAACCCGACAUGGCGCUGCCCCUGAAGCUCGAACGGGACACCCCCACCAAAGUCUUCGACUUCAUCCUCGGCUUCCUGCCCCUUCUGCAGAACUACGCGCGCAACAUCGGCAGCAAGAAGCCGCGUCCGUACUUCAAGAUGUGCUUCGGGCAGUCCUGGGGGGCGGAAGACCCCUUCGAAAGUAACCUGAUCGCGGUGACGGUGCAGCAGCUGACGGCGGCGACGCACCUGAACACCGUGAGCCAGUACCGCCACCAGGACAGCAGCUCCGCGCAGUCCUUCCCGCUCCGGGACGACCCCCUCUCCCGCUCCAACCCCGAAGACCAGGUCAUCAAAGCCUUGGAAGAACUCAUGACCAGCCUCACGCUGCAGCAGGACUCUCCACAGCCUCCAAAUUUUCCCACGAGCUAAAA